AUGUCUCAUCCAUUAAAAGUCGCGUUUUAUGAACUUAAUAGUGCAAAUUCCAAGUUGUUCUCGGAAAGUGAAAGGAAAAAACGUGGUAGACCUCGAAAUACCUCGAAAGAGUUGCAAAAAAUACUCCAAAAGAUUCACAAAAUCCUAAAGGAUGAGUACUCGAGGCCACAUUACUUUUAUAAUACGAAUCCGGACGUUUUUCAACAAGCAAUUAACUCGAUCGAAACUGUGCUUAAUAAAUACAAAGAUGUAAAUGUCAUAACAAAAGCAACAGAUUGUUUGAUUUUUAUUGUCAUGAUAAUCUUAAAGCUGGGUUUAAGCGGAAAAGACAAUGAUUGGGAGCAAAUUGUAGUUGAUUCGUUAUCAUUAAUCGAGAGUGCUGAUGUUAUAAAUUCUCUUUUAACUGGAUGCAAAGAGAAUAAAAAAUUGUUAAGCCAAGAAAAUUUUUUCGAGUUUUCGAAUCUUGCCUCUUCGAUGAUAUCUGCAUCUGAUUAUGAGCUUCAACUCCGCCACCUCGAGAUCCUGUUUAGGCUUUGUCCUAGGGUGCAAGAUGAUCGUGAAAUCUUUGCAAGCAGAGCAUUUGUACACAAGGAUAUGAAUCAAAAAUUCUUGGCAAUAACUGCCAAUGAUUUUCUCAGGGAUAGUCGAUACUUUUUGAAUUCUCUCAAUGAUUCAAACGAUGGCAUAAUUAAAAUGCCAAAAACGUUUGUGGUAUCACAAAUAAAAUACAAUAAAAUUGAAUUAUAUUGCCCGGAAGGACAAGGUCAUUUCUUCAUCGAUUUCAACAAAUGGACAAUAUCUACUACAAUAAGACCAAUAGAGAUUAAUGAUUCUGUAGAAAAUGACGUGUUGGAAAUCAAAUAUUCGAAAAUAUCAUCAUGGGAUCUUCAAACAGAUCAAACCCUUAUAUUCUAUCUUCCCGAGCCUUUAAAACUUAGUGUCCAAGAUGCAUUUAAUUUACAAAAUAAUUCCAUAUCUAACGGUGAGAAUACUAUUUUCAUAAAAUUCGAUUAUGAUGUUCGGAAUAGUCUGGAAAUGAUAUUAGCCGAUCGCCAUUUAGAAAAAAAGACGCAUUCUGUAGGAGGUUUACAAUCAAGAUCCUCUUUAAAUAAUAAUACCGCAACUACAUGUGCUACCCUUUCGAAAUCAUCCGAACUUUCUAUAGCCGAAAAAAUAGAUAAAUCAGUGAACACGGAAUUAGCCAAGAAUUCUCAAAAUUAUAUUGCUACAUAUAAUACUGAACUUUCUCCAGAAAAUUACAAAAGUCAACAUUUUGAAACCAGAAUCAUUACUUCAUCUACUACCCGCUCUCCAUCAAAUCCGUCGAAUUUUAGUUCUCAAAACAAUUCACCUACUAUGAAUCAUCAAUCAAUAAUGCAAAUAUUUGAUAUUGAUAACGUCAAACGUCUAAAUGUUUUUCAACCACCGAAAAAAUGUUCAGAACCAUUACAAUUAUCUGUUUCGAAAAAACAAAGAUCAAACAAGAUAUAUAGUGUAAAUGAAGAAAUAGGAGAAGAUACAAUUAUGGCUGAGGAAGCAGAACAUCAAAUUCCACAAGCAGAGCUUUCAAAGACAAACACUUUACAUUUCUUUACGAAUAGUGAUGAACAAGAAGUUUCUGACGAUAUUAUAAUAAUUGAACAAAACAACAAUUCAACACAGAAUAUAAAUGCUAAAACUUAUAUAUAUAACGCAAACAAAAAGAACGUAGUUGGACAGACGACUCGUUUACAUAAAGGCCCAAAUUUAACAAUUGAUGAAAAUAUUAGAGACAUUGACCAUAGAAAAAGGAAAAUAACUGUACAAGAUUCAAGCGAGGAUGAAUUAGAAAAUCCCAAAUUCAGUAACAUAAAUAAAAUGAACAAACUUCAUAAAAGACAGUUAAAGAUCAAUAAAGACGAUAGCCCAAUUAAAAGUGAAGAAGAAUUCUGGAAUCCAACUUCGGCUGAAUAUAACGCUGAAGACGAGGUUUUUGAACGGAUGAGAGCUCAAUUUCCGAUAGAGUUUUUUCGGGAAUUAGGAGAAAAGAACCUGUCGAUUCCAAAACCUAAUCAUGAAAAAAAACGAGUUUCAUUCGUGGAAAGAUUGAAAGAAUUUUCAAAUAGUGAUGACGAAAGUAUUAAAAAACGUACAGAUCGAUAUAUUCUGCAUACACGAAACAUUUCACCAAUUAACAGCAGUGAAAUAACUAUACAACCCUCUCUAGAAGACGUUGAUAUCAUUGACGAUAGCGACGUUACUCCAAUCGAUACAGAAUGUAAAAUUGACAGGUCAAACAAAUACGCGAAAGAAAAAUUAGAUGAGGAAAUUAGAAGAUUAUUGCAAUGCAUUGGCGAGACAAUUUUUAAGCAAUUUCACAAGCAAGAUGUUGCUUUAUUUCGAGUUACACGAAAAACAAUUGUUCAAAAUGAGAUCAGCUUGACUCAAGGAUUAGAAACGCAGUCUAAAAACAAACGCGAAUUGCUUAAUACAUUUAAAAGAAAUUACGCUACUAUCGCAAUAGCAUAUCAACAAAUGAUUAAAGAGUUAAAGGAAGAAAGAAAAAAAUUUGCUUCUUUGAAACAAGUUGAAAAUGAAUGCAAUCAUUGA